UUGAUCAACCGAGAGAGUCGCCACUGCUCAUGUGUUGUUUACUACACACUCGCGUUUGCAUUUUGUCUGUCACUUCUCUCAACAUUAGUUCGUUUUGUCCAGUAUUCACCGUUUGAUAUUUUGCGAAACUGUGCAAUAAUGAUGUACAGAUAAUUCCCUUCCUCUCCAGUGAGUGAAAAGACUAGAGUGUGAUUAAUUUUCGUGAGGACUCGGUGAAUCGAGAGUUUCGAGGUUAUGAACGUUAAAAUUUCCAUGCUGUCGAUUUCUCAUGAAAUUUACAAAAGCCGUUUCGUAAUUGAGGAUAAUUUCCUAAAAAUAUCCAGAAGUGAAGAUUGUGAUUAAUUGUAUAGUGAGUUGCUGUUAGUAAUGAGCAAUCAAAUGUGAGUGGCAUGAGUGUUAACAGUGAAUCCGUGGAAAUGAGUGAACGGAGUAAUGACUCAGGGGAAUUGGUAGUGAGUUCUGAGGGGAAUUCCAGGAAAAAUGUUCCAUAUGAAUUGUCAGGGGGAAAAUCUCAGGAUGACGGCGAGGAGUUUGACACAGAUGAGGAAGAGGAGUCCAAGCCCUCAAAAUCAGGGGUUGAACCUUCCUCCAACGAUUAUGAGAAGCAUUUAUCGUACGAGGGUGAUGUUUGUAUUUAUACUGAACCAGGAACUGGCAGAAAAUUAGUUUGGGAUAAAGAGAAAAAUUCCUGGGAGCCCCAGGUGUCUGAGAACCCCAUGGAGAACUAUGAGUUCGAUGGAAAAAAUUAUGUCUACACUGAUAAGACAUCUAAUGUGACUUAUAAAUUCGAUCAGGAGAGGAAGGAGUGGGUGGUAAAAGAGGACAGGGGCAGUGGUCCUGAAGUCGCUGCUCCUGGAGGAACUUAUGGCUUUGAGGAUGACACUCAUACAUAUACUGACCCCAGUGAUGGCUCUGUGUACAUGUGGGAUCGAGAAAAGAGCGCCUGGUUCCCUAAGAUCGAUGACGAUUUCAUGGCCAGGUAUCAGAUGAGUUACGGUUUCACAGACUCAAAUGCCAGAGUCCCCUCACCCACAGCCCCAAAAGUCGAUGAAAAAGCGAAAAAAGAAGCGGACAAGGAACUGAAAAAGGCAGAGGCGAAGAGAAAAGCCACAGAGCCACCGACUUGGUUCGAGGUGGAUGAGGCACACAAUACAGCAAUCUACAUAUCUGGGUUACCCCUCGACAUUACGAUGGACGAAUUGAUUGAACUCGUCGGAAAAUGCGGUCUCGUUGCCCGCGACGACAAGAAUAGAGACAAAAUCAAGAUGUACAGGGACGCAGAUGGAAAUCCAAAGGGAGAUGCAUUGUGCACGUACAUCAAGGUGGAAUCUGUGGAUUUGGCCCUGAAGGUGUUGGACGGUUCCCAGAUGCGGGGUAAAACGAUCUCGAUCCAGCGCGCGAAGUUCCAAAUGAAGGGCCAAUAUGAUCCAACAUUGAAGCCCAAGCGCAAGAAAAAGGAUAAGGACAGGCAAAAGAAGAUCCAGGAAAAGUUGUUCGACUGGAGACCGGACCGUUUACCUGGUGAGCCAAUGAAGUGUGAGCGCGUUGUCACUAUAAAGAACUUGUUUACUCCCGAGGACUUCGAUAGGGAUGUUGCGCUUCUCCUUGAGUACCAACAGGACAUACGUUCCGAGUGCAGUAAAUGCGGUGAUGUGAGAAAAGUCACGGUUUACGAUAGACAUCCUGAAGGUGUUGCCCAGAUAACAUUUCGAGAGCCGAGUGAAGCGCAGGCCUGCAUUCAGUUAUUGAAUGGUCGAUGGUUUGGACAGAGAAAAAUAACCGCCGAAAUAUGGGACGGCAAAACUAAAUACAAAAUCGCUGAGACCGACGCGGAAAUCGAAGCUAGGCUCGACAAGUGGGACAAAUUUUUGGAGCAAGAGGACGAGAAAAAGGAAGCAGCAAAGGCUAAUGUCCAACCUAAAACGUGAACACAUUAGCAAAAAUAGAAUAUUGUCAUGAAUUUGAAAUGGCGUAGGCUGCGUGGUCUCUCGUUACAAUAAAUGAACAA